CGUCAAGGUUCGGGCUGUGGCGCGGGCGGCGGGUUCGCAGCCGGGCGGACGCCGCGGGGCCGGGGCAGAAGAACUAGCACCUGAGGCCGGGCCUGCAGCCCGCGACUUCGCGACCAGGCGGCGGCUCUGCUGCUGUGGGGCUCGGGCGCGCGGGCGGGCGGGUCGGAGGACUGCGAGACAGCUGGGCGGCGGGCGCCGCGGGCCGGGCCAGCCAGAUGAUGGAUUUGGAUGUGCUUUUAUGAAGAAAUGCCACAUGGUUCAAGAACAAACAUGUCCAGGCUGCUGCCGCCUUAGGGGACCAGGGCCUGGUAACAGCGCUUCCCCGGGAAACAGGCGUGGUCUGACCCAGGAACAAGAAGCACAUCAUCACCAAUGACAUCAUGACAGCAAGAGAGCACAGCCCUCGCCAUGGCGCCAGGGCCCGUGCGAUGCAGCGGGCUUCCACCAUUGAUGUGGCAGGCGACAUGCUGGGCCUCUCUCUGGCAGGAAAUAUACAAGAUCCAGAUGAACCCAUUUUGGAAUUCAGCUUAGCUUGCAGUGAGCUGCACACUCCAUCGCUAGAUCGAAAACCAAAUAGUUUUGUGGCAGUGAGUGUAACCACCCCUCCUCAGGCAUUCUGGACGAAGCAUGCGCAGACGGAGAUCAUUGAGGGAACCAACAAUCCUAUAUUUCUAAGCAGUAUUGCCUUCUUUCAAGACUCUCUUAUCAAUCAGAUGACACAAAUCAAACUAUCUGUAUAUGAUGUCAAAGAUAGAUCUCAGGGAACAAUGUAUUUACUGGGCUCUGGAACAUUCAUUGUCAAAGAUCUGCUCCAGGACAGGCAUCAUAGGUUACAUUUAACACUAAGGUCUGCAGAGAGCGACCGUGUGGGUAACAUCACUGUUAUCGGCUGGCAGAUGGACGAGAAGUCAGACCAGCGGGCCCCCGUGACCCGGUCUCUGGACACUGUCAAUGGGAGGAUGGUUCUACCCGUGGAUGAGAGCUUGACCGAGGCAUUGGGAAUCCGAUCCAAAUAUGCUUCCUUGCGAAAAGACACUUUACUGAAGUCAGUGUUUGGUGGCGCCAUCUGCCGCAUGUACCGAUUUCCAACCACCGAUGGCAACCACCUGCGGAUCCUGGAGCAGAUGGCUGAGAGCGUGCUGUCCCUGCAUGUGCCCCGGCAGUUCGUGAAGCUCCUGCUGGAAGAAGAUGCAGCCAGAGUGUGUGAGCUGGAGGAGCUGGGGGAGCUGUCCCCUUGUUGGGAGAGCCUCCGGCGCCAAAUCGUCACCCAGUACCAGACCAUCAUCCUCACGUACCAGGAGAACCUGACUGACCUCCAUCAGUACAAAGGUCCCUCGUUUAAAGCAAGCAGUUUGAAAGCAGAUAAAAAGUUAGAAUUUGUUCCUACAAACCUACACAUACAAAGGAUGAGAGUUCAAGAUGAUGGAGGAUCAGAUCAGAACUACGACGUCGUCACCAUCGGGGCGCCAGCAGCACACUGCCAAGGUUUUAAGUCAGGAGGUCUCCGCAAAAAGCUGCACAAAUUUGAAGAGACCAAGAAACACAGUUUUGAGGAGUGUUGUACAUCAUCUAGCUGCCAGUCCAUAAUCUACAUACCACAGGACGUUGUCAGAGCCAAGGAGAUCAUCGCCCAGAUCAACACCCUGAAAACCCAAGUUAGUUACUACGCAGAGCGGCUCUCAAGGGCAGCCAAGGAUAGGUCUGCCACUGGCCUUGAGAGGACGCUUGCCAUCUUGGCAGAUAAGACCCGGCAGCUGGUCACUGUCUGCGACUGCAAGUUGCUGGCCAACUCCAUCCACGGGCUGAAUGCGGCACGGCCUGACUACAUUGCCUCCAAGGCCUCCCCCACGUCGACAGAAGAGGAGCAGGUGAUGCUUAGAAAUGACCAGGACACCCUCAUGGCCAGGUGGACUGGGAGAAACAGCCGCUCUUCCCUGCAGGUGGACUGGCACGAGGAGGAGUGGGCCCCUUUGGUUUGGAAGGAGAAAGUGUGGCUGAACGUCGACAAGAGCCUGGAGUGCAUCAUCCAGCGUGUGGACAAGCUGCUGCAGAAGGAGCGCCUGCACGGCGAGGGCUGUGAGGACGUCUUCCCCUGUGCAGGCAGCUGCACCAGCAAGAAAGGUAACCGGAACAGCCAAGCCUACUGGAUCAGACCGGAGGACCCCUUCUGCGAUGCCCCUUCCUCACCAUGCCCCUCCACCAUGCCCUCCGCUGCAUGCCAUCCUCACCUGACCACACAUUGCAGCCCCCCUCCUGAAGAGUCCAGCCCAGGGGAGUGGAGUGAGGCCCUGUACCCGCUGCUCACCACCCUCACGGACUGCGUGGCCAUGAUGAGCGACAAGGCCAAGAAGGCAAUGGUCUUCCUGCUCAUGCAGGACAGCGCGCCCACCAUAGCCACCUACUUGAGCCUGCAGCACCGCCGCGACGUGGUCUUUUGCCAGACGCUGACUGCUCUCAUUUGUGGCUUCAUCAUCAAGCUGAGGAACUGCCUGCAUGAUGACGGUUUCCUGCGGCAGCUCUACACCAUCGGGCUGCUGGCCCAGUUUGAGAGCCUGCUGAGCACCUACGGUGAGGAGUUGGCGAUGCUGGAGGACAUGAGCCUUGGAAUCAUGGACUUGAGGAACGUGACCUUCAAAGUCACUCAGGCUGCUUCUAACACUUCAGCGGACAUGCUGCCUGUCAUCACAGGAAAUCGCGAUGGGUUUAACGUGCGGGUCCCUCUGCCAGGCCCGCUGUUCGACGCCCUGCCCCGGGAGAUCCAGAGUGGCAUGCUGCUGCGGGUGCAGCCUGUCCUCUUCAACGUGGGCAUCAACGAGCAGCAGACGCUGGCUGAGAGGUUUGGUGAUACAUCUUUACAAGAAGUCAUCAAUGUGGAGAGUUUGGUGCGGUUAAAUUCCUACUUUGAGCAGUUUAAGGAAGUUUUGCCUGAGGACUGCCUACCUCGGUCGCGGAGUCAGACGUGCCUGCCAGAGCUGCUGCGGUUUCUGGGUCAGAACGUGCACGCCCGGAAGAAUAAGAACGUCGACAUCCUCUGGCAAGCCGCUGAGAUCUGCCGCCGCCUUAAUGGGGUCCGGUUCACCAGCUGCAAGAGCGCCAAGGACCGCACGGCCAUGUCGGUGACACUGGAGCAGUGCCUGAUCCUGCAGCACGAGCACGGCAUGGCCCCGCAGGUCUUCACCCAGGCCCUGGAGUGCAUGCGCAGUGAGGGUUGUCGAAGAGAAAAUACAAUGAAGAAUGUUGGAAGUCGCAAAUAUGCAUUUAAUUCCCUGCAGCUGAAGGCUUUCCCCAAGCAUUACAGGCCUCCCGAAGGGACUUACGGAAAAGUUGAAACAUGAACACACGGUUUCCUCUAAUUAGCUGUUAUAUAAUAAAUGUGGGUACCCUCUAGUGUCAUAUAUGAAUUCUUCAAGAGGACCUGAAGGAUGGGUUUUUAUUUUUGUGGUUUUUUAAAAAAUAUUUCACUAAAGAGUCUAUGGAGCAUGUUUUUUUUGUUUUUUUUUCCCCAUUGGAAUCAAUAGGAGGUAAUGUUUGGCUGCGGAUAGUAAUGACUGCUCAUUUAUAUAGCCUUCGGCUAUAACGGCACAGAUAUCACUGACAGUUACUUGUAAGAAUCAAGCUAGGUUUGUCUGAAAUGCUAGAAGACUUUUUAAAUGCCUACUUAGGCAUUGCUCACCUAAUUAUUUUUCUACUGAGUAACUCAAAAGUGACCAUUGAAUUACAAUCUACUUUUUAAAAAUCUGAAUGUAAAACAGUAAAUAAUACAUUAAAUAAUUGGAUCCUAGGCAUACCAAUAAAUGUUAAAUGUUAACUCAAGUUCCAGGGAAAGAAGCUAGCACUAUCUCAUGCAGUGAAAGUAAUUGGUUCUAAUGAAUUAUCCUACCCAUACCAGAACCUGUGAGACCAGAAGUUGAAAAAAAAUAUUGAUAAGUCAGCCAGAGAUAAGACUUUAUUAGAAGGUAACACCUGCAAAGCAGCCCACACAAUUGGGGCCACUCUUCUUUCUGUCCGUCUUGAGUUACAGAAAGGGUGUCUGCUUGAGACAUGAAGCCAGCAGUAAGGUCCUUUAUGCUGUCUCCUGUUCUCUGAAACUCCACGUCUAGGUGGCCCCACGCCCACUGGGUACCUCUCCCUUACUUCUCUGGAUGCCGAGUUAUAAUCAAUUGAGGACCUCAAAUGUCUGCGUGACAUCACUCUACUGGGGAAGUUAUGCCUGUAGAGAUAGUGGAAACCUAAAUAUUUUCAGAACAAGUAUUCUUUUGCAGGAUUUCCAAUAUAUCUUCUAAAAGACAGUACAAUCAUGUUUGAAUGUCUGAUAAAAGGGUCUUAUUUUUAGGUUUGCAGUAAUUGUUACUUUCCUAUUCUCAUUCUGUUAUGUCAGAUGGCUAUUGAGAAACAGUUGAAAUUAUCUCCUGAAAUGAUAGUUUGAAAGGGAUUUAUGGGCCAUAAAACUUAGGAAUUUUGUAGAAAAUUAUGUCUUGUCAUCUUUUAUAAGAUGAUAUCUUUAUCUGCACAGUAGCAGAGUUUUUUUCCUUAGGGGUUUAUAUGUUUUAUCGAUUCUGUUUAUGAUGAUUAUGUUUACAUGUUAUUUAAAAGUCUGUAAAAGAAAUAUAUGUGGCACAUAUUAAUGAUGCUGAUCCUAAUCAUUUGUGAACCUCCUGGAAAUUCUUUUUGUCUAAAAGUCUACACAAUAUUCUUUUAGCUCCUUUAGAAAUGCAAAAUAAACUUGGGCCCAGGGUGCUGAGGCACAGAGAGGACCACUCAUUGGCAGGGACACGGAGUGGGUGGACAGAGCCUGCUGUCUCCCGACGCCUGCUGGGAGGAAGACGUGAGCUGGUGUGGAGGAUGGCUAAUGGGAGAAGCACUCUGCCCCCCACUCACAGCUGGGUUCACUGGAGGGUGGGAGGCAGAGAAGCUCCUGUCCACCAAACCCGCUGCACGGGUGGCUGCUGCUGGUGUCAGAGCCUCCUCUUUAAGUGUCGAUGCCUAUUCAAGACGGUUUUUAAUACGGCUGAUUUAGCCUUUCACCUUUGCACCAUUUCAUUUUAUUUGUAAUUCUUUAGUUCUAUCUUUUUCUCAUUUUAACAUCACUACUUUUUUUAAAAAAAUUGCCUUGUUUUUUAAAGUUAAAUGUUACCCAUACUGUUUUCAGGAUUUUGUCUGAAGAGCAUUAAAUAUCUGCAUUUAUCAAAGGGAAUAUAGCAUAUGUUGAGUCAUCUGUCAACAAUUUUGCAUGUGGCACCUUUCUAUGAAUUAUUUUCCCAAUUUUUGCUUUAUAGUAUGAGUCACCAGAAAGCUGUAAGCCUUGGCUAAUCAUGUAGAAAAGAUCCAGGUUUCAGUAUUCUCUCUGAAGGCGUUGUUCCUGGGCUCACGGGCAUCACAUGCUUCCCAAGCUUGCAGGGAGAGGGGCGCAUUGUGCAGCCUCGGGGCACUAGCACCUCUCUCCACUUGAGAGCUUUGUGUCUUCAGUUGCACAAGGAAGGCAGUUUUAUAGGUUACUGUAAAAGAGAGGUCCCGUCCAAUAUUCCGCAUAAGGCCUCCGUGUUUAAAAAGUGUAAUGAGAUCUAUGGAAAACUGGGAAUGUCAUUUGGGUUCUGUCAGAGCUCUUGCAGCACAGUUGCCUUUAGUUUCCUUUAAACAUGUAAAAAUAUUGUAUAAUACAGUUUUGUCCCUACACAAUUGUAUUUGACAAGCUUAGUGCAUUAAAAUACUUUUAUUUAUUUGUUUGGGGCAGUAUUAAUAUACAUAAACAUAUAGUUACUGUUUUAUAUAUUCUUAGCUCAUUCAAAGCCAUGUAUGCUGUAAAUGUGCUAGUCUUUAGAAUGACAAAUAAUAAAUAACUGACAAGAAUAUUAAACUUGGUCUUGCCUGAUUCAUCUUGUCACAUUAGAAGGACUAGUUCUAUGGCCAGCCUUAGACUGGACCAGCACUGAGUGCUUUGGUGCUGAAUGCAUAUGUUUGUAAACAUAAGACUAUGUGAGACUUCUGUAUUAUAACCUUGUUUUCACCUAAUUUGAAGUAGAGGGGCAGCAGGCUGUGGGGUUGAGAGCAUGGACUUUGGCAGCAGACAGACCCAGGUCCCAAUCCUGGUUCUGCUACUCAUGGGCCAGUGACUCUGAACUAGUUGCUUGACCUCUCUGAGCCUCUGUUUCCUCAUGUGUAAAGUGUAGACAACAACAGUAUGUCCCUGAUAAGGUGGUUGUGAGGCACCCUGGCAGCAAGUGUUUAUAAACAUUAGCCAUUGUUUUUACUUUGUCUGUAAACUUGGAUCACAUCAUCUCUGUAGUAGCCUGGUCCUUACUGUGUGAUUUGUAAAAAUGCAAUUCCGUGAACAUUUGCAUUGUUCAUUGUCACCAGAAUCAUCUCAUUGUCACCAGGUGCAUCUCACACCUUUGCGCCACCUUCUGGGCACACAUGCCCGAUGAGCUCCCUUGGGUAAAUGCCUGGCAGUGGAAAUGUACAAUUAAAGGAUAAUUUAAAUGUUUUAAACUUUCUGAGUUUUAACAUUACCAAAAUACUCCCAGAACCUUAAGCUACCACCUGUCAGACAUGCCCUUUCCCUUUAUUCUCAGUGAUGUUGGCAAUGGUACCUUGUUUCAAUUUCCAUGUCUUUGAUUACUCUGAACACUAAACAUCUUUUUUAACUGUAUGUUUUCAUUUUUGUGACUUCACUGGAGUAUUGAUCUUUUCCAUAUGGAUUGAGUGUUUUUAAUAUACAACAUAUUAACCCUUUUGUUGUUAUGCUGCAGAUUUUUUUAACCUAUUUAUCAGCUGUCACUUGACUUUGUUUAUGAUAGGGAGUAUAUGGAAGUUUUAAACGUUUAUGUAGUCAAAUGUAUGUCUUUCUUUUUGAUGCUUAUUUUGAAAUCGAGUCCAGGCUUCACCACCGAAGAUGGCACAGAUGGGGCAGCUGUGCAUCCAUGAAGUGGGUGUCAUGGCAUGGUGGCACAUCCAUGCCAAGGGGCUGGAAUGAAGUGCUCAUUGGCACCUUCCUUGGUACAUGGUCCACGCUUGGUUUAAUGCUAUUAGUGGUUUCUGCAAUAGCUCUCAUGCCCCAGGGUUAUUUAUUAAAUAUUCACAUGUU